UUGCUCCACUUCGUUCCCCCCUCUUUCUCAUGUAUUCAUGACGUGAGAUGCUGCAGCAUUGCAUACUUAUUUUCCACCUGUACCUGGAUUCACUAAAUAAUACAACUCUUUUUUCUCAAGUCUACGGCCAUACGCUGCUCCUUGGAACAUUUUUCUACCACUUUUGUAAUUUGUGUAUAAAAUUUUUGGGACGUCUCAACCGGGUGUAACUUUUCCUAGUGAUCUCAUUUUACCAUAUCAGUAUUCACACGAUGGCAUUUUUCUGUCUGUCAGCAAAAAUUGGGGCACUGGUGGUUGCCCUCUUGAACUUGACCAUUGGCAUGAGCAUCGUGGUGGAAUACCUCUUGGGACGUUUGGACUAUAUGAACACCUUGUCCGAAACGGUGGCAAAGUAUUCUGGAAAUAGCACAGACGAUCCUGCGACAACGCCAGUGAAUCCCUUCAUUACAACGACCACCACCGUUGCCCCGGACCCUGGCACUGAGGAAGAGUGCAAUUGGAUUUGUUCAGUGAUGAACCUGCUGGAACCAAUUUCAUUCUAUGUUGGAUUUGUCCUCAUGUUUUGCUUCCUGUUCUCCAGCGUGGUUGCUUGUUUCGUGUCAAUGUUGCAAACCAAACACCGGAAGACAUUUGCCUAUCUCGCCUUCUUGCUAACUGGAGCGUUUGUUGGUUGUACUUUUAUAAAUUGUCUCGCGAUGUUUGUUCUCGGGACGCAUUGGCUGGACCUCGUCUCACUUUUCGUGUGGGGUUGUCUUGUUCAAAUUUAUUUCACUCUCGUCCUCGUCGAAUACCACGAAAGUGCAGAAUUUCAACCUGUUCCAACGUCCCCAUAAUCGCGUAGUCUCGGAUGGUGAGACUAUCUGUAAAACGCCGUUCAACGGCGAUCAACAAUCAAUUUUGUUGUAUUCUACAUAAACUUUACUUGCAAAAAGUGUAUGCAUUUAUGGAGUUAUCAUUUUAAAUUAUUUUGGCAGCAUACUUAUCAAUUAUUUAUUUAUCUACCAUAAGGGAAAUAUACACACAAAGUAAAAUUUGUAAAACUAUCAUAAUUAGCCUAAUUUAAUUUAUUGUCCUUCUGGGCUGGUGGUUGAGUAUUUACUUGGUGAUCAAAAUGUUCCUCUGUGGAUUUUGGAGAAAAAAUCUUUAUGCAUGAAUGAUUUCUUAUGUUACAAACUACAUGACUAUGAUUUAUUAAUUUAUUGUGACUGUAUGGUUGCACUUUGUAUGUAUGCAUACUUCCAGGCUAAGGAUAAGUAUUUUCAAGGUAUGCUGCACUGCACUGUGUAGUUAAACCCAAUUAAUGUACAUAAAAAUCAUUUAACUUUGCUUAAUAAAUAAAUCAACUUUUUUUGUAUUGAUUUUAACGGUA